UUAGGUACCGUAGUUACAUUUUAAUUAUUUGAAAUUACAAUAUUAUGAAAUAUCAUAUAUCAAACAAGCCCUAGUCAGUCAGUCAAAAAAUAUUCCUAUGUGUUGUGAAUAGUUAUUGGACAAUGAUACAGUGUUGUCUAUAAUUUGUUAUUUCGCUUAGAGACCUUCUAAAUUCGAAUCAUGAAUUCUGGAAACCUAAAUUGCGAAGGUCCCUCUGUAUCGGACGAAUGCCAUGAUAACACUAUCGAUGGAAAGUCGAAUUUUCACGAUACGUGUAGUGUAGAUUCGGAGGAUGGUUCAGUAGAGCUGGUUCAGGAUGAUGCUGAAGCUAGCGAGACAGAAACUAGGCGCGUUAUAAGUCGCGAGGAGCUCUAUAAUGACCCUGAUGCUGUCGCUGAAAACUUUGACUUACCGAAACAACCAACUCCGGACAAUGAUUGGACGAGGGACAAUUGGCGUAGGGCCGGCUUACUGCCCGAAACCUCCACGGUCCCCAAGAAGAAGAUCUAUACUCCUGUACCUGUUGUCAACAAAUUACACAAGAGCCUGUUCAAAGCGAUGUCUCAGCCUGUAACAAUGAGUAAGGCCGAAAGUAUGAUGCAGAAAAUGGGUUAUCAAGGCGGCGGCUUGGGCAAGAGUGGUGAAGGUAUACUGGAACCGAUCGCUCCCAAUGCAACUUACGCAAACAAAAACAUAGGCUUCGGUCAGAACAGCAAAAUGCCAGUAAGGAUUACAAAACCGCCGGCUAAUAAAGCGAAAACCAAAUCAGCUCGCAAGAACAUAUUGCGCAAAAGCAAGGAACAAUUGCGAACUAACGCCUUGAAUGUCAUAUUAGAAUUUGUUAAGAACAAUAAAGAAAUUGAGAUUUUAUUCGACAAGAAGUUGUUUCCUAAGGAGAGAAGAAUCAUACAUUGCCUGGUCCACGAGGUCAUCAAUGCUGAUGAUGACACACCACGGGUUAAAGCUGGCACUCAACAGAUGAUUUUGAAUGAAAUAUACGCUCACAAUUGCUUCGUUCUUGGCACAGAGAGCGAAGGCGAGCAGCCUCACCGACAACUUCGUAUAUACAAAGAGGCCCCGCCCGACGUAUUCCUGGUAACACCGGAAGAUCUACCAGAACUGAGGGUCGAUACUCAAACAACGGAGCCCUCAAAUCCGUGUUCGACCCAACCGAAUACUUCAAGCACAACAGCGGACAUGCAAACGGAUGUCAAGAAUAUUUUAGACGAACUACUGAAUUGCUUUGUGGAGUUUACAAAAGACAAUGAUUACGCUCAACUCAAAUUCCUGGGACCUUUCUGUGAAAUACAAGAGUUUUGCAUCUAUCAAUUCUUCAAUGUGAUCCACCGUUGUGUGAACAAAGACUUCUAUGGUGUUAGUGAUUCGGUAGUGAGUGCUUUUAAUGUGAACACAGUUAGCUUCGAAUUAGUCGAAGAUGUUAAUGGGAGUACGUUUGUACAGAAAAGAAAGCAACCGAAUAAGUAACAGCGGUUUAAUAUAAUAAUAUUUAUAAGAUAAAUUUAUUUGUAUAAAUUUUUAGAUUAACAUUA